UUCACUCCUCCUACACACACACACACUGUCAGACUGUGGCCCUCCCUUCCCAUGUCCCCGGGCUCCUUCCUCCUCUUGGCUCUCGACUCAGGGGGUGGCUGCAGGAGAAAGCCGGAUCCUGGAGUCCGGGCCAGGGACUAGGAGAAACAGGGAGAGAGAGAGAGAGAGACCGGGAGACGGGCUUCCCCCGCCGGAGAGCCAUGUUCAGCAAACUGACGGCGCUGCUGCAGCAGGCUGUGGACACGGAGGAAGAGCCCAUUCAGCUUCUGGACUCCUUUAUAAGCCACUGGAAAGGCAUAACCAACUAUUACAUUGUCACGACAGAUGAAACGCUCCCAGUCAAACAGACGGAUAUUCCCUGGCGCCUGAGGCAGAUGGUGGACAUUCUCGUUUAUGAGGAGAAGCAGAUGGAAAGAGGCGAGACGGGGCCGUGUAUGGAGUAUCUCUUACAGCACAAGAUCCUGGAGACUCUCUGCACACUGGCCAAGGCUGGGUAUCCCCCUGGCAUGAAACAGCAAGUGCUACUCCUCAUCACCAAACUGUUGGGGCAGAUUCAGCAGCCAAUGCUGCCUCACAUCAAUGUGCACCGUCCUGUGCAGAAGUUAAUUCGUUUGUGUGGCGAGGACCUUGGAUCCAAAACGGAAAAGGAGGAAGUGCAGUUUCUUACCACGGUCUGUGCGAAACUCAGCCAGGAUCCCUACUUGAUCAACUUCUUCAUUGAGAAAAAGGAUUCUGCUGAUUCCAGGAAAUUGCUCCCCUGCUCCUUUGAGAAAGGCGAAGGUCAGCCAAAGGACGCCAUCAGGACAUCCAGCUUGGCCGCAGGGGUUAGCCCGUCACCCUCUGACCGAUCUCCUGUGACAAGUGCACCUUCCACGCACCUCAGUCCUCAUGGGAUGGAUGGUCAGCCUGACAAAAGCCUGGUUAAUGCCCUACUGACCCUGACUGCAAGUGAGAAAAAUCAACUGGCAUUGAAGGCCUGUGAAGGCUUGCUCCUGUUGGCCACGUUACCAGAGGAAGGGGCAGCAUGGUACAUGGUGGAAAGCACAACGCUGUGUCAGACACUGGCUGAUCGGCUGUCAGACCUUUACAGGCUGAUACCGGACUCUGUUGACCCUGGACAAGUUGAAUCGCUGGGAAGAGUCAACUGGCGGUCACACUAUGCUGCAAGUAAUGUGGAAGAUGCAGAGUCAUUUCCAGGCAAAAAGGCUGUGGCAUCUUUCUUCUCGUGGCUCGACUAUUGUAAUCAGCUGGUAAAGGAAGCCCAUAAGGUAACUGCAGCUGCGAUGGCCCAGGAAAUCAGAAGACGUUUCUUUGUUACAGUCUUGGAGCCACAACUAUUGCAGGUGUCUGAGAUGGGGAUUCUCUUAUCCACUGCGCUGCUUAUGGGGGUCGUGAUGCAUACCACAGCGUCCCGGUUGCUGGAUGAACUAGUUUUGUUUUUGCUGGGAGAUCAGAGAGAGGCGGAGGUGCCCACAGAACCAGCCCGCCACAUGCUGCGCAGCCAGCUGAUAGAACGUUGCAACCACCUAUCCGAUGAGAUCAGUAUAGCCACACUGAGAUUCUUUGAACAGCUCUUACAGAAACCUCAGGAACAUAUAAUUUAUAACCUUGUGCUACGGAACUUGAUGAGCCGCUGCUACAUCGGAAACAGUACUGGACAUGAGGAAAGAGCUGCAGACAACGAACAGCUGGAUGAGAUGGAAGAAUUUGAAGAAGAUCCUUUCUUCACUGACAUAUACACAGGCGGCAGAUUCCCUGCUUCUGACUGGCUUGUUCCACCAGCAGCAAUGCAAAAGACAACAAGAGCUGAUGGGAAACCAGAAGUUAACAGAAUAGUCAACAGCUUUUUGUGUCUCGUUCCUGACACAGUGAAAACCUCUCACCUUGUGGCAGGCUGUGGGUACGACACAUACCUCGUGGAUGCACAUCGAAUGUUCCAGGGUUGCUGUGUCAAUGCCAAGGACUGGAAGUGGUCACAUGUCCCCAGCAAUUUGGAAAGCUGUGACUCAGGCGGGCUAUUUUACGAAGGUCAUUUCCUGAAAGUCCUGUUUGAUAGAAUGGCACAGAUCUUGGAUCAGCCUUAUGACCUGAAUUUGCAAGUCACAUCCGUGAUAUCGAAAGUAGCACUUUUCCCUCAUCCUCACCUCCAUGAGUAUUUGCUGGAUCCAUACAUUAACCUCAUCCCUAGCUGCAGGUCUCUCUUCUCUAUCAUAGUCCGGGUAAUAGGAGAUCUCAUGCAGAGAAUCCAGAGAAUCCCACAGUUUCCUUCCAAGCUACUGUUGGUCAGAAGACAACUGAUGGGAUUGGAACCAGAAAGUAUGGUGGAUCAUGUCACAAUUCUGAAGGGUGUCAUUGUCCUGGAAGAGUUCUGUAAGGAGUUAGCUGCAAUUUCAUUUGUUAAAUACCCAUCAGAACCAGAUUAAGACUGACUGCGUAGCUCUUUCUGAAGAGACCAGUGAAGUGGAACUGGAAUGUUUCCAGCAAACACAUUGACAACCCAUCUCUCUUCGAGUUCCCCUUUUUAAGUUCAGCUGAGUUUGAUCACCUGCUAGUGAAUUUACAACACGUUUCUUCUCAUCCUCUUCAGAAUCUGACCUUAAAUUUGAACUAUGGAAUUACCUGUUCCUCCUGUCAGCAGGACACAAUUCAGAGAUGGAGUCUUGUCAACAGGAUAAGUCACCCUUGGAACCGGAGUGUUAUGUCUGACUCGCACUUCACUUCUCAUUCUUGUCACCUUCAGCCAUGCACCAUUUCUGCUUUACACUUGACCAUGACUCAGGGCAUGUCAGGUACAAGGUUUUGUUGUUGCUUCCAAAUAUUUAAUGGGGUGAAAGACUUUGACUUUUCUAAAGUUAACAUAGCUGUACACUUUUCAGUUGUAUGUAUGGCUGAUGACGAGCGAAUGACAUGAAUACACCUGGGGUUUUGUUGUCUUGUUGUUUGUAGAUAGAUUCGAACCAGGAGGUAAAAGUGGACAUAUUUUAAAAUGAGAUGCUUGUUUUAUCGAGAAUGAUUCCUUUGUCAGAGGAAAGAUAUGGGGAUUGGUGUAAGCUUGUCCAGUCUGUCCGGGAAAAGGACGAUGAAAAUGUUAUUUUGACAUUAAAAUAUAAAAGAUUUAA